GUCGGCCAGCUCCGGUCGCCCAUAGAGACGGAGGAGUCCCGAGUGGCGAGGAGGGCGGAGGCGUGUGGGGGGCGCCGAGGAGGGACCCGCGGACGAUUUGCCAAAAGCCAAGUACACAAUUUGUGGUGGAAAAAGAAUUGGAAGCUAGAUUACCUGAUAUUUGGUGCUUUAAAAGCCGGAGUGUUCCUGUUCUUUGAAGUGCUUGGAAGAGUUCAUCAAGAAUGUCUAGCAAAACGUCUGGCACCACAAACAACAUAGCUCAAGCAAGAAGAACUGUUCAGCAGUUGAGAAUAGAAGCAUCUAUAGAAAGGAUAAAGGUGUCGAAGGCAUCAGCAGAUCUAAUGUGUUAUUGUGAGGAACAUGCCAGGAAGGAUCCUUUACUAAUGGGCAUACCUGCUUCAGAAAAUCCCUUCAAGGAUAAAAAAACCUGCAUUAUUCUAUAGGCAAAGCAGCAAAAUGCCUUCAAAACCUUCCCCUGCAAAACCCAACCUAGCCAAUUCUUAGAGAAGUAACCUGAAGGUCACCUGGUAGCCAUUGCAUAAAACAGCAACUUAUUUCCACCUUGUGUAUGAAUGAACUUUUAAGUUUCCUUGAAUGUUUGUUUCUCCCAUCCUUAAUGCCAGGCACACAGUUCUAAAAGUUACUUCUUGCAAAAAUGGAAAGGGUUCUACAAAUGUUGUUAGGCAUGGAUUCUGUUGGCUUUGCUGGGCUGGGCUGGGCUGGGCUGGGCUUGAUUUUAAAAUGUAGUGAGCAUUCACAGAUCCAAGGAUUGAACUAUCAAGACCAAAGUUGCCUGAGCUUCAUUUACAGAGUAGUGAGGUAGACAAGCCUAGAGUGCUAAUCAAGCUUUCUUUUGCAUUUGAUUUGAUACCAGUGUGUACCUUGUAUAUGUAAAUGGAGUCUAUAUCUAGGGUGUAUGCAUUUGUUCGUUUAGAUGUAUAGACACAUUCCAAAGUGCAUUCUUUAAAUGCACUCUUCAGAGUUCAUUGCUGCAUUUAUUGAUAGGAUUUCUGCACUUCAUGCUUUCACUAUUUAGUAUAUCUUAAGCUUUCAACAAUGUCUUAAAAACCUACACAUUUGUACAUAGUAUAAAUUCUGGUUCUCAACAUAGCUUUGAAAAGUGAUGUCUAUUGCCUUUAAGCUAUCUUUUAUUUUCACUGAAAUGUAGACUACACUAAAUUCAGAUUGAUUGUGAUAAUGGUGUCUAAAAAUUUCUCCUCCCUUUCUUUUUGUCUUUAAGAGGAAUUCUGUCCUUUCCUUUCCUACAGUUUCUAAAGAACUGAUUUUUGGAAGCUUUCAGGCUUUUUUCAGUUUGAUUCCCAAAUUUACAUUUCAUAAAUGUCAAACAAUCACUAAGUAGGAAGAGAAACUCUGAGUGAAAUCUAUGGUGCUACUGCUUCUGCACAAGACCUAUUAAAAUCAAUGGUUGUGCUAAAUGAAUGCUUGAAGGAUUAUAGCAAUUCUGGGCAGCAGCAGCUAAUCCCUUGUAUAUGUUAACAUUAUUAAAGAAUUUGGGUACUGUUCAUGCAGUAAUUAGAUACUGAAUGAAAGAAGCAACACCGAUACAUUUUAAGCCAGGGGUAUGUAUCUGUAUUCUAUUUGUUUGGCCUUUUAAUUUUUAUAGUAGUAUUGUGAUCUGCCAUAGCUCUGUAUUUUGAAGGUGGGUUAAUUGUAGCUUUUUGUUGUUGUUCCAUAUGUAGAGGCCCUCGGAUGCAUGGUUAGAUUUCCUUCAUAGAAACUUUAGUAGAGAAUGCAAAGCCAACCAUUAGUGCUCACCCAGAAGCAUUCAUUUUCAAGCAGCCAAGGGACACCCCACAAAGAUUUCUUCCUGUUAAGAAGACCUAGACUUCCAUAGUGUUUGUAUCUGCUUGGUGACAGCUUAACGCAUACUUGGUUUCACCGUAACUGUAUUGAGAAGCUAGCUGCAGAGCUGGUAAGCCAAAGUCCCUACCCAAUUUACUGGUGCUCUUCACGGCAUUAUAAUCAAGCUCUUGCGGAGAACUGUAUUAGUGCUGCAUGCUGCUGUGUUGAUACUGUAUUUUUUUUUGCCUUCAUGUUCCCAAAAGAUAAAUUUAACACAUUUAAAAAACUAAAAUAGCUUCCUAAAGAUAGUACGGAACUGAUAACAAAACCAGAAUUUUGCAUUAAUUUUGCUUAUUUUAUGUCAGUCUGGCCAUCACAUAAUCAACAUACAGUUCAUUAGAUUACCUGGAAUUUGGUGCCAUUUUAGUUGCUAUCAUAAUUUAAAACAGUGUCUUUUCUGAUAUCAAGUCUUAAGUCCCUGUCCCCAAAUUAACACAGAUGACUUAUCUUUUGUUUUGUUUUAAGAUAUUGGGCAACGUUUGAUUUGUCAGCUAUAUAAAUCUGCUUUAUAAAGGAUGAUCCUUGCAACAGUUAGUCGAUGGCAACAACAACAUGGGUUAAUUUGCAUUUCUGUUAAAUGUAGUGAACCAGACAAUAGUUAGGCUUGUGUUAUAAUCUUAACAUAGGAAGUAAAAUCCAGAGGAAAAUGUCAACCUAUGUUUGACUUUGCUACAUGGAAGUGGUUAAUUCGCACCAUGGUCCUCUGGUGAGAUAAGAAUGUACAGAUCAUGUACCUAAGCUCAUGCAUGAUGGCCAUAAAGUAUUGAAGCUCUCAAGUGUCAGAGUUGAUGCUCAUUGCAAUAAGCCUAUAAAUGAGGAAAGACUGCAUUAGCAGGCCUGUCAACUCUAAGAGAGUCGGUAUAAUUAUUUGUAAUGAAUAAAUUGGUAUUGCCAUUAGUAAAUGGGCACCUGAACAUUAUAUUACUUGUAAAAGCAGAAACUGAUGCUGGACGGUUUUUUACCCAUCACCAACCCAACCUGUUUCCUACAAAUCCUAUCCCAAAUAUCAGUAUUUUUUUAAACAAUUAGAAUGUUGCUCUAUUCUACUCAUCAGAUGAAUGCAAUUUAAAAAAUUCUCAGCCCAUUCAUCAAUUUUAUAUUUUCAUAUAAAAUUAAUAUGGUAUUUAAAUGACUGUGAUAAUUUUUAAUGAAUUCAAUAUAUAUGUGUGUGUGUGUGUGUGUGUGUGUGUGUCUUUGGUUAUUCGGGUUUUCUCCUGCAUAAAAUUGGAAGUACCUUGGCAAUGUUUCGACGAAGUCUCAUUCGUCAUCUUCAGGCUUGCUCCUAGAAGCACAAGGCUGAAGACACCAGCCUGAAGAUGACGAAUGAGACUUUGUCGAAAUGUCGCCAAGGUACUUCCAAUUUUACGCGGGAGAAAACCCGAAUAACCAAAGACCUACAUACAAAUACCCGUGAAAGCCUCAGAAAACAUGUUGCAAACACUAUUCUGUCACCAGCAAAUGCUGCUCCGUAUGCUUUAAUGUAGAAUAAAUUUGGACACAUUCAGUUACUCUCACUAGUGAGACGUUUAAACUGAUUAUGAUUGCUCCCUGCCUCUCAUUUAGGUUCUACUUCAUGUAAGAUUAAAAGGUCCCUAUCCUUAAAAUUUAAAAUCAGAUUAUUUAUGAUAGAUGAAUCUCUGUAACUUACUUAAAUACCCUCAAUGAUUAUCUAAUAAAUGACGGUUGACUUGUUACAUUGUUUAGUCAAAACUAAGAUUAGCACUUGGUGAUCAGGCAUUUGAAAAAAUAUCCUGCUUAGUAGUCCUCUUGCCUGACAGGAAAGAACACAAACUGGCUAGAGAAGGCAUUACCAAAAGAAAAAAGGAAAUCUUUAGAUGUUGUCUUGCAUUUGAUGGGUGCCAUUAAUUUUUUUUCUAAUUUUUUCUACCGAUCUCUCAGUUCACAUUUUUCCAAAUUAAGCCUUGCUAAUCCUGCUACUUUAGUCUUUUUCAAGUUGCGCUCAGUUCCUGAUAACUUUACAGACACAUCCAUCUAGCUUUGGGGCAGUAAUAUAGAAGUGGUUUGCCAUUGCCUUCUUCCAGAAUGUGAUCUUUUGUUGUUAAAAUCUUACAGUACUUGUGUAUUCACCGUGUUGUAGUGUUAUAGUAGCACCAGGCCAAAAUAGGUUGGAUCCAAAUAUGCCCUUCCAUAUGUGGGAUAAGCUAUAUUAUAUCCCCAAAAGCAAUGUUUUAGCCUUACCCUAAUAUGUUUCCAGGAAAAAGGAAAAUGAAGAAUCCAAGGAUCCAAUACAUGCUUGCAAGGCAGAAAGCCCCCUUUCACAAGUGAGCCGUGCUGAUAGGACAUACAUAAGAGACCAUUCAGAGGCUAUAAUGUCUCAUGGUUUAUUAAGGAAUAACCACUAUUCAUUAUAAUGGGGCUUAUUUCUGAGUAAGCAUGUAUAGCGUUGUACGAUACAAGCAAAGAUAGUUCUCUACAUGUGCCAGAGGAAGCAUAGGAAAUGCUAUGAACUUGCAUCCUAAAGUAGUCUAGAAACUGCUUUCUAUGUGUUUGCAGAGCAAUGCAAGCAGCAAUUCGAUUUAUGCUGUGGUGCUUUGGAUCCAAACCAAUAUUUUCACCAGCAGUGCUUUAAAUUUUUAUCAUUCAUAUGUAUUUUACGAACCGAAGAUAAUUAUUGAAAACACGGUGUUCUAAACUGCAGAUGUUUUCAUUUGAGCCAAGUAAAAUGUGCCAACUUCCAUUUAUGAAUGCAUUUUGACUUCCCCUUGAAAGGAUCAUGGGUCGUCAACCUGACUCUCGUUUGGUUUCUUGUAUUGAUUGAGAUGUAGCAGUUUUCAAUCAAAGCAACAAUAAAUUCAGAACCAAAAUGUAACUAGCUGCUUUGGGUUAUUUCUCUCCAAGUUUAAGUUGUUGCUAGAUGCCUCCUCACCCUUCACCAGCUUUUCAUAACUUUUUUUUUAAUAUAUUGAGAGUUGAAACAUUCACACUUUGCUUGUGUGUAAUGGUGAUACCUCAACAAGAAACUGAGAACAUUGCCUUCAUAUCUAUUGCCUUGGAUUCACUUCAGUGGGACUUGCUGCAGUGAUGCUUAGGUUAAUGUGAUUAACAGAAUAGGGGGGAAAAAUGAACACCUAAUUUAAAAUAGUAACUCCUACACUAUUGUGAAGUUUGAAAUUAAGAGUAUGAAACUUAAUAAAGAGUUUUUAGUCAUUGUACCACUAACCUCCACCUUGGUGCUUUGAUUGAAACAUCACGGAAGAAAAAUAAUACUGUAUUCUAGAAACAUGCUGUUCUUUAUUUAUCCCUUUUAAAUAUAAUAGUAAACUACUUUAUUUCUUACAGACGAUCUUCUUCUCUGGUUUAUUUUUUGUUCUCACAAAAUUGUUUUUGUAUUAUCACUGUAAUGUUGCAUUGAAAAGAAUAAUACCAUGAUUUGCCUUUGAAGUAAAAAAAGAAUGCAUGAAAUUACUUUAAUAGUUUUGUUUUAUCUUUCAUAAACAAUCUGUAAUUGUUUGCUUUCAUUGUACCUCUCUAUACAAUGUGAUUGCUCUUGGAAGGUGGUUUCUUGCAAACAUUAGAAGGGUUAAAAACUGUAAAGAUUCCUUUUCACAGCUAAUAUAUUUAGUAUCAUGGAUAUAAAAUACUUUAAUUAAAUAUCACUUCUUUUCA